AAGGUUUUGGUGUCUGUUCUACCUUGUGGUCGCUAGAUGUCGCUGUUCGGCCGCCUGCCGCGCUAGCUGCGCUCGCGUUAGUCGGCGAAGGGGGAGGAGGGGGCUGAGUGAGUGAGCGAGCGAGCGAGCGAGGACGGGACUUUUCCCGACUUCUCCACAAGCUGCUCUCUCUGCCGGCUUCAGUCUGCCGGCACCUUGCUCCAGAUGCCCUUGAAAGUUGCCGCUGUGCUUACGUGGGAGACUCUGCUUUAAGGCAGGGGUGGGGAGGGUGGACAUCCCAGACAGUGCCCCGAAUUGGUUUUUUUUUUGUUUUUUUUAGCGUGGUGGUUUCUAGGACGGUUCCGCAGUGAGCCAGCCGAGAAGUUGGAGACGUAACUCUACUGAGAGUCUGCAACCUGCUGCUGGUGACAGUGCUUUGGGUUACGCUGCGGAGGAACUCAUACCGGACACUUCUGCGCUCUUGCAUGGAUACAUCAUGGCUACGUUCGUCUGCAGGGUCCAGUUCCUAGAUGACACCGAUCCUUUCAACAGUACCAAUUUUCCCGAGCCGACCAGACCGCCGGUGUACACCUUUAGGGAGGAUAUCCCUCUCAUCAACCAGAUUGCAGGAGUUCACAGGCUUCUCAAAGCCCCCCAAAAGCUUGAUGACUGCACCCUGCAGCUUUCUCACAAUGGAACCUAUUUGGAUUUGGAGUCUACACUGGCCGAGCAGAAGGAUGAACUGGAAGGAUUUCAGGAAGAUGCAGGGAGGGGAAAGAAGCACAGCAUGGUGCUCAGAACACAGCUCUCGGUGAGAGUUCACGCCUGCAUCGAGAAACUCUACAACUCGAAUGGCCGUGAUCUGAGGAGGGCCCUGUUCUCACUGAAGCAGAUUUUUCAGGACGAUAAGGAUUUGGUACACGAGUUUGUCAUUGCUGAGGGCUUGACAUGUCUGAUAAAGGUGGGAGCCGAAGCAGACCAGAACUACCAGAAUUACAUCUUGAGAGCACUUGGGCAAAUCAUGCUGUACGUCGAUGGGAUGAAUGGAGUUAUAAGUCACAACGAAACCAUUCAGUGGCUCUACACACUUAUAGGCUCAAAGUUCCGGCUCGUGGUGAAGACGGCCCUGAAGCUGCUGCUGGUGUUUGUGGAGUACACGGAGUCCAAUGCACCGCUGCUCAUCGAAGCCGUCAGUAAGGUGGACAGCAAGAGAGGAACCAAACUAUGGUCAAAUGCCAUGGAAAUAUUGGACGAAAAGGACGGGGUCGAUACAGAGCUGCUUGUGUACGCCAUGACCCUCAUAAAUAAGACACUCGCCGGCCUGCCAGAUCAGGAUUCCUUCUAUGACGUGGUGGACUGUCUGGAAGAGCAGGGGAUCGAAGCAAUCGCUCAGAGGCACUUGAAUAAGAAGGGAACUGACCUGGACCUAGUGGAGCAGUUUAAUAUUUAUGAGAUGACCUUAAGGCAUGAAGAUGGUGAUGACGAUAGCCAGCCACCGCCGAUGGGUCGGAAGGAUCGAAGGAGGUCAAGUGUUGGGGGGACAAGUGAGCGGCGGGGCCUGGAGCGCAGAAGGAGCCGGAGGCAUUCCAUCCAAAACAGCAAGGGACCCACGUCUGCUCCCGCCAGCCCCAGCAGUCCCUAUGGUCAAUCAGCCAACGGAUUUAUGCCAUACUGCAGUCCAAGAAUUGAAGAUCUCAGCGAAAACAAUACGAGCAGGCCUGAGAGCCACAUGGCCGCCUACAGGGCUGAUGACCACUCAGAGGGCGAGAGCAUGUUUGAGGCAGAGUUUGCGCCAUGGCCAGUAGAGGAAUAUGAGGAAGAGGAUGACCAGCCACAAGCAGUCACAGAGCCCAAUACUGAGGAUGAGGGAGAGGAAGGACCUCGUAGGCAGGUUCAACACAGCGAGGGUUCGCCACCUCAAGUAAUAGACAACACAAAGCAAGAGGAGAGCUCAGUCUCUGCUCCAAAGUACAUAGCUUGCUUCAUCCCAACUGCGCUGGAACCUCCACUCAAGAGCCCACCCUCUGCCUCCCUGCUGACGACGAUGGGCUCCUUCAACCCUCACGAUUCCAGCCAUUUGUCACCUCCGCCAUCUGUCCUUUCCUCAUUGUUAGCCAACAGAAAGUCUCCCUCCAGUACCAGCAGUGCUUCCAAAAGUGGAUCUCAAGUUUCAUCCACCAACAUCACCCCAGUGGUGUCUCCAACGAUCGAAAAGUUGCCCUACCUCACACAUUCGCCUUUUCAUCUCUUUUCAUAUGACCUUGACGAACCUCCAGUAUCUGCAGCUAAAGUAACGGAGGCUGAAACCAGACAGCCAAACAGAUUCAACGGCUAUAAUUCCAGCACCUUCCCGAGGCCUUACUCCGCCCUGAGUGCCCCCGCUACGCCCAGCUCUCGCUAUGGAGUACCCGGCUCACCCUCCCAGGACCCUAAAGCAGACAGACCAGCGCUUGGUGGGCUCCUGACCUCCUCAUACAGACAACACCAAGAAUCUCUGGCAGCUGAACGAGAACGACGGAGGCAAGAGAGAGAAGAGCGAUUGCAGAGAAUAGAGAGAGAAGAGAGGAACAGAUUCAAUCGUGAUUACGUGGACAAGAGGGAGGAGCACAGGCAUGCCAGAGAAGAGAGGUACAAGAAUGUGGAGAGGCUAGCAGCGGAGGAGUACGAGAAGGAGAAGAGCCGUGCAGCCCCCAGGGGGCGCAGUGAACUCACCCUCAGCCUGAGCCCCUGCCCACCAACAUCAUCCUCCUCGUCGCCAGUGCCCAGGUGUGCCACACCAUCUUCAGAAGAGCCCGAAACCCAGUCUGUGACCUGUCCUUCUCCCAAGCUGGCAGAUGUAACUGCCAGUGAAUCUGAGCCAGAAGUAAACUCUGAGAGUCUACCAAACCUACAAAGUGAAGAAACGCAAGUUCAGACUCAGAUUGAGUCCUCGGAAACUGAGCAGGAAUCCAUAGUUCAACCUGAAGAGGAGGUGGAGGUGGAGUUGGAGGAGGAGGAGGAGGAGAUAGAGGAAGAAUCUCAAGAGGUGGUGGAGCCAGAGGCAGAACCGGAGCAAGGGCCAGAGCGUGAGCCAGAAGAAAGCACCGUGUUGAGCGAGAAGGAGAGACAGAAUGAAGAAGUAAACGAGAAGGACAACUGUUCUGCAUCCAGCAUCUCCUCCGCCAGCAGCACUUUAGAGCGAGAGGAGAGGGAGGACAAGCUAGCAAAUGACAGCGAGCCUGGUCAGUGGGCACAAAGUAUUAAGGAUGUGGAUGUAAACGAGCAGUGCAGUAAAAUCCUCAACAACAAACUCUUCAUGCUGGAUAUGUUGUAUUCUCAUAACAAGAAACCACAGGAUGAGAAAGAGGAAGAAGAAAAAGACCAGGAGGAAGAGAAGGAGAAAGAGUCCGAAGAGUCGGUGGCCAGUCUAGCCAGUCGAAUUUCCAUUCUGCAGGCCAACAAGCAGGCCAGUGAAGAGAACUUGAGGAAAAAAGACAUUGAGAACUUGGACAACCAAGGCAGCGUCAAGGCCUUUGCGGAAAAAUUCAACAGCGGCGAGAUGGUUAAGGGUUUACUCCCAUCGGAGAGCGAGGUUGGUGACAAGCAGCCCGAGAAAGCACCUGUCCAGCCCAAGAAAGAAUCAGAUUAUAUCUGGGAUCAGCUGAUGGCCAGUCCUCGAGAGCUGAAGAUCAAGGAUAUGGACUUUACAGACUUGGGGGAGGAGGAUGAUGUCAAUGUCUUGGACACGGACAGCCUGAUGAGCUCAGGGGAGCAGAUCCUUCCACCUCCACCUCCUCCACUGUUGUUCAUGGCCCUGCCGCCGCCACCCCCCCUUUUCGGCUGCCCACCACCCCCUCCAAUUCCAAGCACAAUGCUUCCUCCCCCUCCACCCGUGACCAUCCUCCAGCACGUCGGCUCUCCACAGCAGCAACGAGGGGAGCCAUUAUUUCAGAAAAAGAAAAAGACCAUCAGGCUGUUUUGGAACGAGGUGCGAAUCAUAGACUGGCAGUACAAGAACCACAAACGGUUUAAAGACUCUCUGUGGGGUAAACUUGAGCCCAUAACAGUGGACACGUCCAAACUCGAGCACCUCUUUGAAACCAAAUCGAAGGAGCUGCCCGUCACUAAGAAAACUGCUGCUGAUGGUAAAAGACAGGAAAUCAUCGUUCUGGACUCCAAACGAAGCAACGCCAUUAACAUCGGAUUGACGGUGUUACCUCCGCCAAGAACGAUCAAGACUGCCAUUCUCAACUUUGAUGAAUAUGCCUUAAACAAAGAAGGGAUAGAGAAAAUUUUGACAAUGAUCCCAACGGAGGAAGAAAAGCAAAAGAUCCAGGAAGCUCAGCUGGCUAACCCUGACAUUCCUCUCGGGAGCGCCGAACAAUUUUUGCUCACCCUUUCUUCUAUCAGCGAACUGUCUGCCAGGCUCCAGCUCUGGGCCUUUAAAAUGGACUAUGAAUUAAUGGAGAAGGAAGUAGCGGAGCCCCUCCAAGACUUGAAAGAAGGGAUGGACCAGCUGGAAAAAAACAAGACACUGAGACAUAUCCUAUCGACCUUGUUAACAAUUGGAAAUUUUCUGAAUGGAACAAAUGCUAAAGGUUUCGAGCUGAGUUACCUGGAGAAGGUCCCAGAGGUGAAGGACACCGUGCACAAGCAGUCACUCAUACACCAUGCCUGCACAAUUGUGGUGGAGAAAUUUCCGGAUAGCUCUGACCUCUACUCGGAGAUUGGGGCCAUUACUAGAUCAGCUAAGGUGGAUUUUGAACAACUUCAGGAUAACUUGUGGCAAAUGGAGCGGAGGUGCAAGGCAUCAUGGGAUCAUCUUAAGGUCAUUGCAAAACACGAAAUGAAGCCUGUGCUGAAACAAAAGAUGUCGGAGUUCUUGAAAGACUGUGCUGAGAGAAUUAUCAUUUUAAAAAUUGUGCACAAAAGAAUAAUUAACAGGUUCCAUGCCUUUCUUCUAUUUAUGGGCCACCCGCCUUAUGCAGUCCGGGAAGUAAACAUCAACAAGUUCUGCAAAACCAUCAGUGAGUUUGCCUUGGAGUAUCGCACGACGAGAGAGAGAGUGUUACAGCAGAAGCAGAAGAGAGCGAACCACAGAGAGAGGAACAAGACCCGAGGGAAAAUGAUUACAGAUACUGACGACGAAGAUGACAGCGAGAGUGGAAAGUUUUCUAGUAACACGGCCGCCACUCAGCCACAAGGCCUCGAGUACGCAGAAGAUGCUGCAGAACACGAAAACAUGAAAGCCGUGCUGAAGACCAGCCUGCAGAGUGGCGAGAGCAGCACUUCAGUGGUGCCAGGUGUCCGCGUUCGUACCCGAGCCAACCGAGGUCGUGUUGGAUCAUGGAACCCGACUAAUGAUGACUCGCCAAACGCGACAGAUGAUGCAGCUGAUGAGAUCAUGGAUCGCAUCGUGAAGUCGGCAACACAAGUGCCAAGUCAGAGAGCUGUGCCUAGAGAAAGAAAAAGGUCACGAGCAAAUCGGAAAUCAUUGAGAAGAACCCUGAAGACUGGCCUGACACCAGAAGAGGCGAAGGCCCUGGGUCUCGUUAGCACUUCUGAAAUGCAGGUGUGAAGAAACGUCCAGAAGAAAUCGGCCAACUCGGGUCAAACAUGUGGCGACUACAUCCGGCUGCCUGCCAUCAGCUGCUCCUGGCGUCCAGUUACCUUAGAGCUCUCUUUUUUUUUUUUUAUUUGGUUCAGACCGAAUUAUUAAGGAAUUCGUGAAAAACACAGCGCUUUAGUCUUUUGACUGUUACUGACAUCAGGAUUGUUGUAAUUUAUAGAUUAAAUCCUAUCCCUUCUGUUAUUUCUUUCAUUGGUUGUCGUUUUUAGUUAAACGUUGAGUUUCCGAUUGUUACGUGAUUUGUGGUUUACGUUGGCUUCUUCUUGUAACCGUGUCACGCUCUCGUCAGUGCUCAGACGCGCCUAGAGCAUACUAAGGUACCCCGCCACGAGGCGGUAAAGUUGCAGUCCACAGCUUUUGUAGGCAAAUAAUCCCAGCACGUAGCAAGCGUUUGUGCAGAUACGCGAUAUUAGGCUAUGGCAGCACAGAAACGUCGUUUUUGCCGUAAAAUAGCCAGAGAUUUUCCAUUAUGGGCAGAGGUGAAAUGACAGGGGCUGUCCUCGGUUGGGUAGUAAAGAGGCACAGGCAGUGGCAAUGGCGAGUCGACCGAGACGGCAAACACUCCAUUUGUGCACUAAAAGGGAAGCGACGGUUAGAAAUCUGCUGUCUUAGUGCGUCAGCCGCUUCCGAAACAAAAAAAUAACGGAUGAGCCAAAAGAGUCGUAUUAUGUGAGGCUGGGGAAAGUGGAAAGCACGUUGAGAGAAAGACUAUGAAUGGUGUGUAAAGUACUCUAUAUGUAGAACCAAAGAUUCGACAUGAUACCUCCGCAGGUCACCCGUUAUCUCUGAUAAACCCUCCAGGUGAUAGGAGAGCUGUCAACAUGCAGGAGCCUCCAUCUUAAGACAUCCAAGGUCUUGUGUUUAAAUCUGGUGGAAGCAGUGGCACGGGAAGAUGUUUUAGUUUUUGAGAUGUGUGGCCAUCUUAGCAGUAAAUCGUUGAGCAGGGUGGGGGAAUUCAGGUUUGAACCCCCCAGAAAUAUAUUUUAUGACGGUUCCAACUGAUUGAUCAUUGAUGGAAUUGUGACUCGUCUGCUUUUCUCAUCCCCCUUCCUGAAAUGAAUUCCUGGCUACACUUCUGUGUGCCACCAUCACCAUUCCAUAGGGAAUUGAGGGACUUCAAAGUGUUAGCGGUCACAAAUGGGAGUUUGUUAAACUUCUACCUUCAAUUGGGGGAGAUGAGUACUCCAAAGUGGACAUUGCUGUUGGCUAUCUAAGAAUGACAGACAGGGCUUGUUGGUUUUCUCUUUCAAAUUUUCAGCAUGGUUUGGGAAAGUGUGCAGAGAAAUGGGACAUACCUGAAGACAAGAAUGGACAUAAACAUGAUUGGGAAGGGGGUCUCCUCUUUAAAGAGAGCUGUGUCAGAAGCCCAGGCAAAAGCUUUUGAUUGGUAAAGCGAAACAUCACCGAAACAGACGAGUUUAGCAUCUAGUUUACUAGAUUAGUAUUCACCGUCUUCAUCUGUAAUAUGAAUGACACAGAAUAAAUAUCAUAGAGCCAUCGCACAAGUAGCCAUUAGAAGCUUUGGGGAAAACCCUGUUUAGUCUCGUAACGCAAAGGACAAAUAGACACAAGGACGAAGACUCUGUCCUCAGAGGCAGCUUAGGCAUUUCAGCAAUUCGCUCACUGCAAGGGGGUCCUUUCAGUACAAGAUGUAGGUUCAAAUGAACGCCACCUUCCACUGGUGAGAGUCCGAUGGGAAUGGAAGUGAUUAACUGUUUUCCUGGGUAUCCUCCAUUCAAGGGGUGGUAACAGAGGUCAUGUUUGUGACGGUGCAACACCUCAUUAUCUUCCUCCUGUUCACCUAAACAAAGCCCAGUGUGGCACUCACCGUAAGGUAGCACAGUGCACCACUCACCUAGAAAGAACCAACGUCAGCUCUUUACAGACGGAUCACUUUAGUCACACUCGAAUGAUCAUUGACUAGCUCACCCUUUUUUAUGGGCUCCCCUACAACUGGCAGUGAUGACGUUCAUUUGAAUCUGUACUGCUGGCGGCUCAGCGCUGACAUCACCCCUGUCUGAUGCAAGAGUCAGUAGUGUUAUAAAAUAAAUGGAUGGAAGUAUAGAUAUGAAAUGAGCGAUGUAAUAGGUUGGAAAGGCAUCAUGUCAUAGAUUUAAGAUUAUCGACAGACACCCUGCCCGGGAUUGGUUCCUGCCUUGUGCCCUGUGUUGGCUGGGAUUGGCUCCAGCAGACCCCCGUGACCCUGUGUUAGGAUAUAGCGGGUUGGAUAAUGGAUAGAUGGAUGGACAUACGUUUAUUACAACACAGUCACAUUAGCAGACACCAGUCUAUUACAUUUCUUCAGGCUUUUCUACUCACAUUUUAGGACUAGACAUUCAGUUAGAUAGACAGACAGACAGACAGACAUGGCUUUCAGGAUUUUGAACUAAGAAGGUUCAUCAGACAGACAGAUAGAUAGAUAGACAGACAGACAGACAUGGCUUUCAGGAUUUUGAAUUAAGAAGGUUCAUCAGACAGACAGAAUAAUGGAUAGACAGACAGACAGACAUGGUUUUCAGGAUUUUGAAUGAAGAAGGUUCGUCAGAUAGACAGGAUUUUAUUGACCCCCGAAGGGAUAACUCCCUUGAAAUUAUCGGGUUAGUUUUCUUAAGGCCAGCGUCCCCUUCUUGUGCCCGUGUUUCCCAUGAACGGAUCCACUAGUGGUUUAUCACUAGUGCCUCUGGUAACUCUGGGCUUUGAGAUCAGAGAUGGAGGUUUCAGCAGCAUUACAGCUGAUAUUACAUAAUAAGCAAGCAUCAGGAUGCUGUUGACGGCUUUUCUAUUGGGUUUCUUAAGUUAUUUGUUGUGUUUUUGGUGGGAUGACCUGUCCAUUCCGUGUAUCCAUCGUGGGAUCCUUCUCGCUGGAUUUCACACGUCAGUAAACUCGACGAAGACAUGUGAGCAGGCAUACAGCGGAGAGAAUGGACUGUAUAGUGAAGAUGUGUGACUGCCUGUCCAAGGGCUCCCCACAGCAGGUCCCGUCUUGACCAGCCAGAUGAGCACAUUUAGAUUUAAGACUUUAUAAAUAGUGCUGGAUAGAUAACCUCAGAGGCUCUUUAAUGACACAAUAGCACAACAAUGCAUUAACUUUCAUAUCGCUUUCAUCUUCUGGUUGGGCAGAGUAUGAUUAAGAUAUUCUUUCCUAAGAAUCUUAUGAAAACUGCAUAGCCAUCAACAACAUUCAGUAUAAAUGUAGCCAGAGAAUGCAGUGGUUAACAGAUAAAAGCACAACAAUAAUGUCCGUCUGUGUGGACAAACGCCUGUAUAAAGACGAGCGAUGCUGAAGGUUUGUUUGUACAGAACAAUACCAUCCAUCCCAUCUCCAGCUGGAGACACGCGUGCCAUGCUUGGUGACACAGUGCACAGUCACUCGAGCUGAUCAUCCCGGCCCCCUGCGCACCUUCAUGCUGUGGACAAAACACAACAGCGCUUGCCCUGGUGUCCGUUGUGUCUUGAAGUUAGGGGUUUUCGUUGUCAGUUUGUUUGCUUUUGAAUUUUCUUUAAUAUGAUGCAUCGUUAUAUUUUUACAAUUGAAAUCCAAAAAAUGUCUGCACUUUUUUUUUGUUUUCUACCAGAGACAGUAUAGCUUUCAAAUGGGUGGCAUAGCAUCCAGGGAACGGUCACCGUACCACCUCGCCCAUUGUCUGUUUUUCUUUUAUUAUUAUUACUUGUUUUUAAGGCUGGUGUAAACUUGGAAUGUUGGGAGAAUCGGUGUUAACACGGGGAGAUUAGGAACCCCGUGCUACAAAUGGGAUGGAGAAAAGGAGGCCGAUUUGCUACAAAUGGGAGCGGAAGGCUGGGUUGGAUUUCAGUAACCCCCCCCCAGUUUGAGCUGGUAACAGGGAGGGGGGUCUGUGGUGCAAACAGAAUCAGUGAAAAUGAAUGAAGCCUUCAGCUACGAGUCGAGUUUAUUAAUCAUCAUCAUAGCCACUCUGCUUGUCCAGCUGACAGUCAUGGCAGCAGGCCACCUUACCCACUGCUGCAUAUCCCAGAAUAUAAUAAAGGCUUUGACAAUAGCAAACGCCAAACUUAAUAAACUAUAACCAGUGCUGUGGUCUAAUGUGAAAUGGAUAGAACUGAAAUCAUUAAAACAGUGGCCAUAAUAAGUGGGGUUUGAUGAAGCGGAGGACAUUAUUAAUGAUGAAUUUAGUAAACUUUAUGGCAUCAUUAGUGACAACUUACAGUACUUGAUACAGUGAAUCUGUAACAUUUAUAAUAACUGACCGAGUUUAAUAACCAUAAUAACACAUUAUUAAUAGCUAUCAUGGAAAUGAAGGGGUUGACUAAAACAAAGUCAUUAAUAAUGAAUUUAGCAAACUCAGUGGCCCCAUUAAUAGCUCUUCACCACCGAUACGGCAGUUAACUCCACUUAGCAAUGACCUUGCUGAAAUCUGUUUGUCAUUUAUUGUCAUUAAGAGUAUUCUCUGCAGUGUCUACUUUUUAAAGUUUCUUACCAUCCUGCAAUGCCACUGUUGUUUUUUGCGCCACCAUUUUCUAAAUGGCUGAGGUGGUUGUGGAAGCGCCGACUGUGACAUCUGACAUCUUCACACGACCAUCAACUUGCAAUCAGUGAUUGGGAGAAAUGCGAAAACUCAAAACCUUACGCCGUACAUGUCUGCUUUUACUAUUCUGGUUUGAAAUCUCAUGCUUUCCUCUUUUUUUUUUUACUGCAAUUUUGCGUAACGUUUUGUUUUUCGCCACUCGGUUUCUUGUUUUGACUUUUUGGUAAAACAAACCCUUUUUGUGUUAAGUGCGUUUCACUUUGACUCAUUUCUCAGCCCUACGUAUUCAUUCUGUGCAGGCGGCUUAUUAUUACUAACAGCACACAGGGAACGUUUAAUAUAAAUGUAAUAACUGACAGAAUUUAAUAAUCAAAAUGAUUCACGUCAUUAAUAGAGAAUAUGGGAAGUGAAAGGUUUGACUUACACAAACAGAAACAUUCAAAAUUAAUUUAAAAAACACUGAAAUUAUUAGUAACAAAUGCAAUAAAUAGAAUCAGUUCAAGUUCAAAGUUUAUUGUCAUGUGCACAGUAAGGAGACACGUUUCCCUGUACAAUGAAAUUCUUUCUUUGCUGUCCACACCAAAUGACAAAACCAACGUAUAAAGAUAAACAUAAAUAAUAAGUAGCAGGUGAUAGUGGAUGAGGGCGGCACGGUGGCGCAGUGGUAGCGCUGCUGCCUCGCAGUUAGGAGACCCAGGUUCGCUUCCCAGGUCCUCCCUGCAUGGAGUUUGCAUGUUCUCCCCGUGUCUGCGUGGGUUUCCUCCCACAGUCCAAAGACAUGCAGGUUAGGUGGACUGGUGAUUCUAAAUUGGCCCUAGUGUGUGUUUGUGUGUGUCCUGCGGUGGGUUGGCACCCUGCCCGGGAUUGGUUCCUGCCUUGUGCCCUGUGUUGGCUGGGAUUGGCUCCAGCAGACCCCCGUGACCCUGUGUUCAGAUUCAGCGGGUUGGAAAAUGGAUGGAUGGAUGAUAGUGGAUGAUAUAUUUCAUAAAUUAGAAUAACUGACUGAAUUCAAUAGCCAUAAUGAGUAUGAAUAGUGAGUCUGGUAAAUGAAGAGUUAAAUUAAAUGACUUAAUUAACAGUGAACAUUAAACAAUAAAUACUAUGACAUUAGGCACAGUAAUAUGUUUAAUAAAUAAAUAACUGACUCAAUUCAAUAGCCAUAAUGAGUAUGAAUAGUGAGUCUGGUAAAUGCAAGGCUUAAUGAAAAUAAAUGACUUAAUUAAUAAUGAAUAUAAAAACCACACUGACAUCACUUGUGGCAAGUGGAAUAAUAAUUAAUACAGUGAAUAUUUCAUAAUUGUAAUAAUUGACUAAACUUACUAACAUUAUUAACAGAGAAUCAGGUAAAUGAAAAGUAUGACUGAAACAAAUGACAGUAUUAAAAAUGAAGUUAAAAAACACAGUGGCAUCAUUAGUGACAAAUAUAAUAAAUCAAAACAAUGAAUAAUAUAUGUAAUAAUUAUAAGAGCUGACUCCCAUUAUUAAUAGUGAACCUGAUAAAUGAAAGGUUUAAUUAAACCAAAUGACUGUUAAUAAUCAAAUUAAAAACACUCUGACGUCACUAGUGACAAAUGUAAUAAUAAUUCAUUUUGUAAUUGUAAUAACUGACUGAAUAUACCGACAUUAUUAUUAGUGACUCCGGUAAUUGAAGGGUUUGACUAAAACAAAACGCCGUUGUUUGUAAAUUUAACAAACCCAACAGCACCUGACCUCCUAAACUCCAAUCAGCGAGUGCCAACAUUGGCGAUGCAUUUAACCACAAGACUGGCGUCCCAUUUAGGGUCUGCCCAAUCCCUUUGGUGGGCUUGAGGAGGUUAAUUCUUGGUUUGUGCCAAUGCUGACAGAAUAGGUGCCCCCCUCCCGGACCCUGAAUUGGAUUAAGCAGGUUUGAAAAUGUCUGUAUGUAAUAACUGACGUCAUUAAUAAUGGCUCUAAUAUCUAAAAACAUUCAUAAUUAAUGUCAUGACCAUAACCAUGAUCAUUGUUGCCAGAGUUAUUAGCUAUAAUCAUUUGGAUGAUUAAUAAUGAAUUUCAGAACAAUAAUAAUUGAUGUCAUCAUCAGUGACAACACCCCCAGUAUCAUAGAAGUCGCCUGUGAAGGGAGUCAUUUUGGGGACUACAGACCACUAUUGAUGUUCUUAUUUUCAGUUCUGAACAUUUCAGCAGUUCCCCCCCACAGACGCCCAGUGUCCCCUGCCUGUCAAGCGUGUCCUCCCCGUAUCCGCAUGUCCCUCCAAUGUGCUCCCCCAACAAUACACAUGCCAGUUUAAUUGGCAACUGCGGGUGGUCCCAACCCGGGUCAGCUCCUGCCAGCAGGGCACUGUGACAAGAUCAAGGCGUUUCAGCCCAACAAAGCCCGCCAGUCCCAUAGCCCUCUUAACGGCGUGUGCAGGGCCGGGCGCCAUGAGAGUGCCCGCCGGUGGAGGUAGGUGACUUUGCAGGUGGGCGGCCGCGUCUCCCAUUUGUAGCAGGGGGGGUCCGUCCCAAUUCACUGUCUUCAUACACAUUGUCCUGUGUUGUGAACUGUAAAAUUAAAAUCUGUAAAAAUAGAAUGAAAUUGUAUUUAGAAACAAAAGUCGAAGGAUAAAUGCUGUAAAAAUGUGUAAAUGUCUCUAUUCAUAUGGUUUUGUUUUUAUUUGUUUUUUGGUUUUGUGUGUUGAAUAGUGUAAAAUAGGCCAUUUAUUAGUGAAUUGUAAUUUAAAAAAUAUGAAUAAUAAUAAUAAGCCAUACAUGGUCACGAGAGGAUCUGUACAGAUGUGCUUUUUCUAGGUAAGGGAGUUUGUCGUCCGCUCAGUUAUGUGUCACGGAAUUUGGGUUUUGCUUCUGUUUUUUUUUUUUUUUGUCCAUUUUUCUUUUGAUAAACUUGAAUUAAAGAGCAAACUGUUCACGUGGCCCACCUUGAACUCCCAUGAAAGCCUCGGGAAGCCUUUUUUAAUCUCUUCACAGUUGCAAAAUGGAGACGGGUUAGUGUGCUCUUGUAUGAAAUCCAUCUCCUGCUCCUCUCCUCUCCUCAUGGUGCCAUGUAAUACGCUAGCCCCCCGUUUGGUCCAUGUUGAAGCUCACCUCUACAGCACUAUGUAAACACAUCUCGCAAUAAAGCUUUGUGAAGCAACCAGCA